AUGGCGGCCCUCGUUGACAUGGGCCGUGUGGCCCUGGAUGUUCUCCUGGCCGUGGGCCCUAUGAUGAGCUCCGAGCACGUGGCCAAGAACCAGCAUGUGGUGCAGAUGAGGCACAGCCGGCUGGAGUCUUUCCGUGAGGAUGUGCGGGACCUGCUGAGUGAGCGGCUGGACAGCUCGCAGAACCUCACGCUGAAGUCCACGCUGCUCUUUGGCUUCGUCACCGCCAUCCUGGUGGAGGGCUUUCCAUCCCGGAAGAUGAAGUCUGAGAUGUGCGUGGACCUCUUCAUCUUCAUGGUGCCCUGGGGCGUUUGCUUGCUGUUCCAGUCCAUGACCUUUGCGGUGCUCUACCAGCGCGGAAUGGUGACGGUGGGUGCGGCAUCCCAGACGUUGAACUGGUCCAUGGACGAUCGCAUGAAACGCGCCAGUGCCUUCGCGGCCGACAGCACGCGGGCCGGCGGCAUGGGAGGCCUGGGAGGCAUGACCGAGGAGAAGCGGAUGGCCAUGGGAAUGAGAGAGGAGAUGGUGCAGGCGACCAUCGAGGCCUCCACCCCGGUGCCGCAGAGCUUCGACCAGGCGGUGGCCUGGGCCUGCUCCGCCUGCCUCCGCGCCGCGGAGGAUGGUCAGGUUCGGCAGACCAUGUACUUCAAUACUGGCGCGGAGGAUAGCCAAGUCACAGGUGAGCUGGGCGGCGUGCUGCAGUUUGCCGAGCAGGUGGCGAAGACCUUGGCGCUCUCGGCCAAGCUGCCGGAGGGCCGUGGCGUGCGGGUGCUCUUCACAGACUUCGGGGCCAAGAGUCUGGUGGAGACCCGCUGGGGGGAGCUGCCGCAGAACCUGAUCAUGGACAACCUCCCGCCAGUGCUGCCCAAGCGCGAGAUCCGAAUGGAGGAGCGUAUGGUGCUGGAGGAGAUUUUGGAGUCCUCCCUGCUGAUGGUGGUGGCGCCGAACCAGUCGGAGAUGGCGGCAGUGCUGGCGAUCUUCGACGUGAUGCGAGACGUGGGGAAGAAGGUGCCGGUGGUGCUGCUGAACCCCAAGCUGGUGCAGGACACCUCGGCCGCGGCGGGGGUGAUGCUCAGGAAGUUCAAGGCCUUCGCGGAGACCUUGCUGCCGGUGUUCCAUCUGGAGCAGUUCGACCCGGAGGCCGACAAGGACCCCAUCCCGCUGAACUCCGCGGUGAUCACCCGGGUCUGGCCCCGGCCCUUCUCGGUCUGGGAGGACAACCCCGAGGAUCCCGAGGCCAUCGAUGGCUACUUCCUGCUGGAUGUGAAUGAGGUUCAGGCGCAGGACGAGGAGGACUGCAUGUCCUUCCUGAAGGGCUCUCGGGAGCUGGUGAAGAGGAUGCGCCUGAAAGAGCGGCAGCAGCGUGAGGCGGGCGGCAAGUUCGUGUGUCACCGGCAUUUGAGAGAGCUGCAACGCAUCGGCGCCAAACAGGCCGAGGAGGAGCUAGAGCAAGGCAACGAGACCUUUGCGGAGAUCAUUAGCGCCAAGGUGCGGCGAACAAAGGAGCGGCAGGGGGUGCUGGGGGUGCUGUGGGCUGUUGUGGCUCGCUUCUUCGCGCUGCCCGGGCCCAAUGAGCUGAAACGAGGUAUGGUGGAGGAGGAUACGGACAAGGAGGACUUUUGCAGCCUGGCGAGCGACACGGAGGUGGAGAGGUCCAAGAGCGACGUGCUGUCCUUGGACUACCUUACCCAGCGCCUGCAGGGCUCCGCUGGUGCUGGCAGUCCGGUGAGCGCGAAUCCGAAGGGCGCUGUGAGGCUGAUCCCCAACAACUUGGUGCACGUCACAGAGAUGAGCAAGAUGCCGGAGGUCGCGGCCCUGGACCUCUACGAGGAGCAGUCGCAUCUCACGGUGGUGGGCGGUGGCCUCUUCACCCUGAUGUCCCUGAGCUUCCUCGUGGUGACUCAAUUGCAGAUGCGCGCGGAGGUGUACGAGGACCACCCCAUGGCCUUCGCGGCGCGGUGCGGCAUCUUCUUGCCGCCGCUGAUGGUGGCGGGGUUCGCCUCCUUCAUCCGGCCAUUUCCGGGAAAGCUCCAGCACGAGAUGCCGGAGGAUUCCAUCAACCCACACUACAUCAGGCCUAUGACACAGUGUGUGGUGAUGGUGGGUGCGGUGAUCUCCUGCACCUGCUUGGCCUUGGCCUUGCAGCUGCACACGCCCCCGGUGGCGGUUGGCCUGACGGUCACCGAGCUGUCGGUGGAUAGAUGGCCACUGUUCUUCAACCCCAGCGGCCUGGUGGCCCUCGAGGACUCCUUGCUGGUGACCACGGACUACCGCUUCGCUCGCUUCAAGUCGAAGCCCUGGAUUGGUUUUGGGGGCCCGGUGGCGUUGGGCGCCUUGUCGGUGGUCGCGGACCGGUUCCCCGGGCGGCAGCGAGGCUUCACGGCGCUGGAUUCCAACGCUGUGGUGCGGUUCCGCUGCGGCGUGGGCGUGGCGGCGCACCACGGCCACGGCGGCCUGGCGGCGAUUUGGCCGCUGCAGCCCGGCCGGCGCCUGGCGCAGACGGCGUGCAGCCAGGCGCCGCCGGAGCUGGGUGAGGCGUACUGGGCAAAGCCGCGCUUCGUGCCCUCCGACGGCAUCCACGUGCGCUACGGUUUGGGCGGCGACCUGCGAUGGGUGUCUUGCGUGGAGCAGGGCGCCUUGCACGGGCUGAGUCUCCGCUUCGAGCCGGAGGGCUUCGUGCGGCCCGGGGACAGCGGACGCUUCGCGAAGGGGAAGCCGGUGGAGCGCUUUCAGGAGAGUCUGCUGCCGGAGGGGUUCUUGGGGCACGUCUUGGGCGAGGUGGUGCUGCCUGUGAAGCUGGCGCUGGGCAUUGACCUCGCGCCUGGGGAGGAGCGGCUCUGCUACGAGCACUUCGUGGACGUGGACGCCGUGCGCCCCCUCGACCUGAACCGCGGCGUGUCUGAGCCGCCGACCGAGGAAAAUCGCGAGGAGCUGCUGGACUGGUGGCGACCGCAGGUGAUGGUGCCAGACCCCUCGAAGGUCUAUGACCAGCACACCACUCGCUUCGGGCACUUUGCGCCCAUCGGGCCUGGCCUUGGCAGCGAGGUGAGCCCCUUCCGGGUUGCUCCGCGCCCAAAGGCGGAAGUGGAGGACAUCGACGACGACCUGAAGGAGAUCUUCAUGCUAGGGAGGAAAAAUGGCCGCCUGCAGAUGCUCCGAGAACUCUCCGGCGCCCAGACCAAGGAAUUGUGUGCAGUUUGCGGGGGCGUGUUCCUUCUGCCUGCGCCUUACGCCCGCGCCCCACGCCGCUCGCGUCGCUCGCGCCGUGCUCCGAGGACUACUGAAAGCUCCGCCGUGCUCCUGGAGGAGCACGGGAGCCCAGCAAAUGGCUAA